AUGUACGCUUCAAUCUGUGAGGACUGUGUAACCUUGUUUGGUUCUCAACAGAUUCAUGUUGGCGUACAGGACAUAUCAUCUUAUAAUAUGGCGGAUUCUCGUGAUCCGGAAAUCGUGAUUGUACAACGUAACAGCUUUGUUAAGCCAGCCUUUGCCGUCGCCAUCCCUGUGAUGGCAUUGUUGGCAGGCUUGGUGUUUGCUGUUUACUGUUUUCACAAGAUUAAAGGAACACGAGAUCUUGACGUCUUGGAUAUUAGUGAAGAAACCAUACUGGAAGACAGUAUGGAAACUGAACAUCUCGAUGAUAUGGAACAACUGGACGAGACUGAUGACGACUUGGAUACUGACUGUGACGAAGAUGACGAAGUGGCUAGACUGGAAGACAGUCUAUAUAUGGAAAAACUCGACGAGACUGAUGACGACUUAGAUACUGAUUCUGACGAAGUUGACGAAGUAGUUAGACUGGAAGACAAUAAGGAAAAACUCGACGAUAAUCUUCUUCAUCAAAUUGAAAAACUUCUAGAUGACCAACGGCAUUUAGAGGAAGAUUUAAAAUUGGCUCAAAAUGAAGUGCAAAAGCUGGAAAAGGUAAAUGAAGAACAGACGGAUACAAUAACGACACUGGAGAGUCAUCUGGCUGAGAAAGAUCUUUUGCUCAAGAAGAGAGACGAAGAGGAACGAGAGAGGGAAAUGUUCUUCCAGCAGGAGAUGGCUGAGAAGCAGAGAGAGCUGGAGGCCAAUCUACAGAAGGAAACAGAACUCUGCCUCAAAUUAAGAGAAUCCGAAAAUAUGAAUCAGUUGCUUGAUUUGGAAAACGAAGAGUUCUGUAGGAUGAAUGAAGACCUUAGGAACGAUUUACUUGAGAAAGAGAAGGAAGUCGACCUUCUGAAAGAAUCCCUCAACCUUAAAGCUAAGGAAUUGGAAGAAGGUCAAGACAAACGGGAAAUAAUGAAGAGGCGAUUGGUGGAAACUGAAGAGGAUAACUCUUCUCUCCAAGAAAAACUGAUGCUCGCUGAAGAAAAGAACGUAAGUAUCCAGCAGGAUGUCCUGAUUAUGCAGGACGAAAAUCAAAAGCUCGAGUCACUUCUCAGCCAAGCAGAAUCUGUGGCCAUCUUGACAAAGGAAAUCUUAAACGCUGAGAAAACAAGUCAUGAGUUACUAGGAGACGAGCUUCAAGUCAUGAAGAACUGGGUGGCUGAACUAGGUGGAGAAAACGCCAAGAUGAAAGGAGAAUUAAAAGAAAAAACACAGGACAUGAUGUUACUAGAGAAAUCAUUAGAAACUGAGAGGCAAAAUAACAUUACUCUGCAGAAUGUUCUCCAUCGUCUGAAAGAAAUGGAGAACUUGCUGGAAGAAGCGAAGAAAAGAGAGAAGGUGAAAGACGAGGAGGUCGAGAGGCUGCAGAAAGAUAAUGAAGUCUAUCGAGAACAAAUUGAAAAUAUGGAGAUGAAGCUGGAAAAUAACUGCGAGGAGAUGGAAAGGCUAUUCAGAACACUCAAGGAGCAGGUACAUAAAAACAGCUUGCUAGUUAAGGAGAAGGAAGACGUAGAGAUUGAAAUGAGAAGGCAAUAUCAAGAGAACCUGAGGCAAAAGAACAGAGAAGCAGAGGAGCAGCAUGAACGGGAGAAGCAAAUCCAGGAUAACAUGGAAAGUGUCCUCCGUCAAAAGCAGAGCCUGGAACGCUUGCUGGAUUGUAAAGAAAAAGAUAUCAUCUCUUUGAAGAAGAAUGAGAGUGAAGCCCAGCGGGAAGUGCAGCAACUUCUCAAGGACUGUGAAAUGCUGAAAGAAAAGAUUCAGCAGCAGGAGCAAAAUAGGAUUAGAGGCGAAAAGCGUCUCAGGGAGCAGCUAAGGACACAGGAGGAGGCUUUAAGGGAACACGAUAAAUACAUGUUGAUGACGCUUCUCCAUGGGACUGCUCAGAGGAAUUUCCAGCUGGAACACAUCGCGCUUGAACACAGAGAUGAAGAAGGGAAGCAAGAGACGUGCACAGGAGGAACAAUAGGAAGGAAACAUACAGGGAGUAAGGAACACCCUUGUGAGAAGGCCCGUGAGACAGAACAGAAACAACGUAAGGAGUACUGGAACGCCCAGCGGGAGAAGAACGAGGAUUACGAGAAACAAUGGGAGGGCCUCAAGCACAUUGUGGAAGAUGUUCUUCACGGAGAUGAAUAA